AUGGUGCCAGAAAAGGCCCAAGAGAGAUGUUCCAAACAAGUGCAAGAUUUUUCCAGAUGUUGCAAGGAAUCUGGAAUCCUCAUGGUAGUAACAUGCCAGAAAGAAAACUCCGCAUUGAAAGAAUGUCUAAUGCCUUACUAUAAGGAUCCUGCCUUUCAUGCAGCAGGCAAAAUGGAACACCUGAGAAAAAGAGAAGAACUCAGAAAAACUGGAAUUCCUAUCAAGAAAAGGCUAUGGAAGCUUCCAACAUGGAAAUAUUCAAAUGAUGCUCAGUAA